AUGUAUGGUUGCUACUUCAUCUUCGUUGAAGCAGUAUCUCUGAGUCUUUCGCAAGGACCAACUACUGGAUUGCCAGGUCUUCUCACAGGUUCCCCUGGCCGGAUCUUGAAACCAAGGAUUUAACUCCGGCCGGUGAGGCAGGUACUUGCCUCACACAGCCGGCUGUUGAAUCAAGCAUGGGAGAUGUUGGCGAUGACCCACUGUCAAUCCAAUUGGCCGUCAAUAACGGCUGCAAAGCACUGAGCUUGUCGGCGGCCGAUUCGCAGCAAUCAACAAGAAAAGAUGACCCGCAAGCCCCCAGUUGGACUAGAAGGAUUCGUAUUGGGCGAGCCCCUAUUGAGCGCACACCAUGUGCUGGAAGAGUAUGUGCCCUUGAAAAAACCUUAAGAGGAUACGCGGAGAAGAAAACAGAUAUCGUCAUGGUACCAGCUGUUGGAUACAAUUUUGAUUCAUUGGGAGAAGCAUAUGACUUCUAUAAUCUAUAUUCGUGGGAGAUUGGCUUUGUGAUAAGAUAUGGAAAAAGUAGGCUGAACAUCGAGAGAACCAAAUGUAUGCAAGAAAUAGUCUGUGGGUGCUCGGGCAAACCAAAAAAAGGAAACGCACGGACAUGCCGCUGCGAGUGCCCUGCAACGAACACGGUUCCGCACUAUAUGCCGUGGCCCUGAUCACAAAAGCACAACUUGUCCACGGAGAGGGGACACGCCUCAAAAGAAAAGGAGAGAACCAAAAUGCUCGAUCUGCGGGGUGGGAGGUCAUCGGAAGAACACCUGCAACAAUCCUAAGAUUGUGGUACAUGUUGCCGAGCAAACAACUCAUGAUCCUGCUAUCGAUCAGUGAUAAAUCUAUGCAAGCACGAAAGCAUGUCAAGUAGCACCUAGUUUGUUACUGUAUUCUGGUUGAUCAAUGCCACUUUCCUGAUGUGUAUUGUGUAUUAUCAGCUUAGUAAUCUGUACUUGUCUCAACCAUGGCAA